GUCGAGUCAGAGAAUUUCCUAACCUAUUUCGACUCUCGUAUUUAAGUGAAACAAAUUUAUAAAAAUGCUACUUAAACUUAGUUUUUUAGUUUUAUUCUUAAGUUUAAUUAAUGCAGAAAGUGGAGUAUUGCAAACAGUUAGUGAUGACGAGUUACUUCAAUUGAUAAAGGACAGAGAAAAACUUAUCGUAUUGUUCACUAAACCUGAUUGUGAUGUAUGUACAAAGUUGAACAACAAUUUGGAAGGACUGAAGGAAGACUUUAAGAAGCAUUUAAAUGCAGAUACAGUUAAGGUUUUGAAUAGCCACCUGGCCAGGCUGUACAGCCCGACCAAGGAACCUGCAAUUGUCUUUUUUAGACAUGGGAUACCUUUAUUGUACAGUGGUGAGCCUGAUGAAAAUGAAAUCUACGGGUUUUUGGAAAAGAACCAAUCACCGGUAGUCAAAGAACUCAAUGAUAAAAUCUUUGAGCACAUAACGCAAGCUGCUACUGGAGCAACUACCGGAGACUGGUUUAUUAUGUUCUACGGUGCUUCAUGCGUGGAAUGCCAGCGCCUGCACGCAGUAUGGGAAGGCGUGGGCGCGACUCUACGCGGCCGAAUCAACGUCGCGCGCAUGGACGCCAAUCUAGCCGGCCUCAAUACUGCCAAGCGGUUCCAGGUCUCUAAGCUGCCAGCGUUCUUAUUCUUCCGCCUUGGUAAAGUUUAUAGGUACAACAUACCUAAAAAUGAUGUUAAAUCAUUCGUCACAUUUGCUCAAGAUUGGUACAAAAAUGCAAAGGCUGAGAGUGUGCCUCUGGUUUCAUCACCAUUUGACGAACUCGUGGACUGGUGCGUUGAGAUGAUUAAAUUUGGCGUCGCCCUCGCACUGGAGUUGCUGGCCAAGUACCCCUGGAUUUGGCAAAUCGGUGGAGCCGGUUUCGGCCUCGUAGCCAUCACGGCUCUUAUUGCGCUAGUCAAAGCUGGCCGUUCAAAACCAGCGAAGGAGACGAAAAAGGAGAAAAAGAGCAAAUAGGACGUACUGAUUGACCUGUGGUUCUUAACCUUUUUUUGCCAAGGACUACCAACAGUUACGAAGUAAAUACCAAGUCAAAAUGUUAAUCUACUUAUUCUAUUUAUAAGUUCUUCUGGCUUCUGCUGGUGCUUCCAGGGACCAUUGGCUAAGAAUCACUGUCAUAGACUGACUCGGCAUUUAUUUAUAACACAGUCUGAUGACUUGAUGAGUUGUGAUCAUUUAUGUAUUGUAAUAUGUUAUAAGUAUAUGUUUACUUUUGGUAUGUACAAAUAUUUGUGUCCAUUUAUAUAUUCUAAGUGGAUUUGUGCAAGAUUGUCUCUAUAACAAAUUGCGUUAUUUUUUAAAAGUUUUAUCUGACAAGGGGAUUGACAUAUCUUUUAAAUACAUAUCCAGAAAAAUAUAGGAAUAAACUUUUUUAUUUAGCCUUUUGACCGCCAAUCCAAAAUGAACCUAUAAAAUAGUGUAUUCUUUAAUAUAUCUGAUGCCUACCAUACGAAGUCUACUAUCACUAUGUUAGUGAGACUGGCUCAUUUUGGAUUUGAUAUAAGAUUUAAGGGUUUCCGUCCUAAAUUAAGAUUAUGGAUUGUAAAAAUCUAGAUGAUCUAUGGUGAUAGUAAACUGCAUUAAAGUAUAUUUUUCUACUUUUGUACAAUCUAAAUGUUUUUAAUGAAGUAGAGUCAAUGUUUGGAAUAAUUUGUUGGUGAGGCCUUUCCUAUAUAAAUGUAUUGUCAACCCUUUAACAUGCUAAGGAUAUAUUUUCCACAUACGGCUCUUCAAACAUGUGUUGUAUUUUCAAUGAGUAAGAUUGACAUUCAAUUGUCAUUUUUGAACUUUCAGCAUGAUAAAAGGUUAAACUAACUUAAUAAAUUUAAAUAAAUUAGAAAUACUCAUAGAAAUUGCUAGUAUUUGUAUUUACAGGAUUCUGAAUAUGAAAUCUUUACUUUUGUUUAUUCUAAUGUGAAUUCAAUUCAUGUAAGUUUUAAUGCUAUGUUACGCCUCAAAUCAUUAGGUACUAAUCUCACAAUUAAUA